CCUCAUUCUUUCUUUCUUCUAACCUAUCUCUGCAAUUCCCAUGGCGAUUUGAGUUUCGAUCGCUGAUUUCACUCAUCUCUCUUCCCUCUAUUCCCCUUGCGAAGCACAGAAAUGGCGGUGGAGCUCAUGGGGUUUCCGAAAAUGGACGAGCAGACGGCAAUUCAGGAGGCUGCAUCGGAGGGAUUGAAGGGCAUGGAGAAUCUAAUCCGUCUUCUCAACCACAAGCCCAAUCUCGUAGACUGCUCUGAUCUCACCGAUGUUACUGUUUCUAAGUUCAAGAAACUCAUUUCUCUUCUAAAUCGCACCGGCCAUGCCCGGUUCAGAAGAGCACCGAUUCUCUCCUCUUCCAGCUCGUGUCCCCUUUCUACUCCAAAGUUGCCGACGCCAUCAUCCACUGCGCCCUCGUCGGCCAACAUUUCCACACCGCAAAUUCCGAAUCUAUCACCGGCGCAGUUCGCCUCUCCGGCGCCUAUCGUAAAUCCAGUAACCGUGCAUCAGGCUCCGAUCAACAACAGCACUGCUCCAUCCGGUUUCGUUCCGGCUCAGUCACAGUCUCUGACUCUCGAUUUCACAAAACCUAAUAUAUUGAGCUCCAACACGAAGUCUCUAGAGCUCGAGUUCUCUAAGGAAACCUUCAGCGUGUCUUCAAACUCAUCGUUCAUGUCGUCGGCCAUCACCGGCGACGGUAGCGUAUCGAACGGCAAACAAGGAUCGUCGAUCUUCCUUACACCGGCGGCACCAACGGUCUCAGGCAGCGGGAGGCCACCCCUCUCGACCGUACCGACGAAGAAGAGAUGCCACGACCACCGCGAGCACUCCGAUGACCUCUCCGGCUCCAGCAAGUGCCACUGCGCAAAGAGAAGGAAGAAUCGGACGAAGAAGGUGGUGAGAGUGCCGGCGAUUAGUUCGAAGAUUGCCGAUAUUCCGCCGGACGAGUACUCGUGGAGGAAGUACGGUCAGAAGCCGAUCAAGGGGUCGCCAUAUCCAAGGGGUUACUAUAAGUGCAGCACGGUGAGAGGGUGUCCGGCGAGGAAGCACGUGGAGAGGGCCCCAGAUGAUCCGGCGAUGCUGAUCGUAACCUACGAGGGGGAGCACCGUCACGCGUUGCAGGCCGCGAUGCAGGAUAACGGAGCCGGGGGUGUUGGGUUAGUCUUCCAGUCAACGUGAGAAUGGUGGAAUUGGGGAAAAGGAGGAAGAAGAAAAAGAAAAAAGAAAAAUGAAGGGAUGUUUUGGUUGUGAUAUUUUUGUAAUAUGAAGGGAGUUGCCGGGGUUGAAUUGUAAAUCUGGUCUUGGAUGGAAAGGAUCAUAUAAUAUUACAAUUACAAUUUCCCACACCCAACUGAGGAGAUUUUUGUUAUUAUUAAAAAAAAAAAAGGUAAGUGAGAGAGAGCGACUUUUAUA